UUUACAUUUUAGAGUCUUAUGUCUAAGUGUGUAGAUCUGGAUCUAGACUAGAUCUAGAUUUGAUUUAGAGUAUAUUGUCUAGGAUUCCUCUAGCUGUUAGUUACUUUAAGCCAUCUAGAUCAAUAGAGUCUAUAAAUGAUUUAAAAUCUAUAGAUUUUAUAAUUUUUAUAUCAAUUCCCUCAAGAGUCAAAUCCUUGCCCUGGCAGUGGCAUGAAAUUUGAAAAAAAAUGGGCAAAAGUAAAACAAAACGUUUCGGAUCAAUAAAACCAAAUCCAAUCGGUCUUGUUAAUGGGAAAAUUAUUAAUGAACAAGAAGCUCAAAUAAAUGACGAUCAAGCAGCCAAUAUUCCAGCGGCAUUGACUAACAUAAUUGAAAAGCUCCAGGCACCUACUAGUGAAGAAAGAGCAUGUGGCUGUCAACUAAUGGCCGGCAUUGUGUCACAACCAAAGGCCAUUGGGUACUUGCUGAGAGAAAAUGUUGUUAAAAUGACUGCACCACUUUUCUUAGACAAAUGUUUAGACGUCAGGAAGAGUGCUCUUGGUGCUUUAAGAAACAUGAGUGUUUAUGGUCAAGCUGAUGUAAGUGAAGUCAUGAUUGACCAUGAUGUGCUCACACCAUUGACAGCGCUUUUACAAACGUAUAAUAAUGGCUGGCUCCCGGAGAAAGAAGCUUCAAAAUAUGACACCAAUGUUGAUGUGUUAAUUGAAUCUUUGGAACUGCUCUCUAAUCUUUGUGAAAGCAAUAAUUCUGCUGUGAAAAGGUUUAACAAAGAAAACUUACUGACUACAAUUCUUCCUUUAUUGAAUGUAGAAGUCUAUGGCUAUCAGUUAUGUAAUGCAGCUGCCAGGUGUCUUCUGGUUGUUAGUGAGAAUAAUAGUGAAGCUACUACUGUCUGCCAGAAGCUAGAUGUUGUGUCCAGUUUUCUCAAAAUAAUUGAAUCAGAUCCACAUGGUAUAGAUGCAGUGUUGUUGAGAACACUCGUCACAGGAAUUUUGUUGAAUCUGCCUGAAGUUGAUUUGUCUCUGCAUUAUAAAGGAAUAAUAAAAGCAAUAUUACAAGUCCUAGACAUGGACAGUUUUAGUGUGAUUGAUGCAGCUUUACAAAGUAGCCAGUUGGACUCAGGGGAGAACACGUUGGAGAAUGAGCUGACCUGGCCUGAGGUGGACAAACUCUUGACAGCACAAGGUGUUAGUUUAGAACUGCUGGCCAACAUGUGCUGCUCUGAUGAGGAGUGGGAGGAUGUGGAAAAUUCAGAGUUGUCUUCUGAUGACCAAACUAUGGAUAUGGAGGAAGACAGUGCUGAGAGCGCUUCGGAAGCGCUGUGUCUACCAAGUGAGAUAGCAUCAGCAUUUUUAGAGGAAAACAUUUUAUCCAAGAUUCUCCUGAAAGUUUCUCCUUUGACAGAAGAUCAAACUAGUAAACUUCAAGAGUCACAUUGCGGAAAAAAUACUUUGAAAAAGCUGCGUGAUCUACAGACUAGAUGCCUACUAUGUAUUAGUAACAUUGUCGGUGCAGUUGAUGAAUCUCUCCUCUCCCAGUCCACACCGCUGUCUACCAUAUGGACUGGACUUUAUCAACUGCUUCAAAUCUCUAGUGCGACAGAGGAUGAAGAUUUGAGGUGGGCACUUACUAGUGCUCUGAGGGCUGUGAUUCAACGUAUGACUGACUUGCAGCAGACUGAAAGUGUAAGCAGCAUACAAGCUUCAGAUAUUGAUUUCCUGGUGGGCGUGGCUAAAGCCACCAACAACAGAGAAACUCAGAUCAAUGUCAUCAAGAUCUUAUCAACAAUUGGAUGCAUGAGUUCUGUCACACUUAGUUCUUUACUUCAGAAAAUUGGUGCUAUACUUCUAGAAGUGGCUUGUCAUAAUGAAGACGUUAUUGUAGUCUCUGAGUCCCUGGACUCUCUGUUUGAUGUCUUUAAAGAAGAUGAUACAGAUGGCGUAGCCAAAGAGAUUAGUCUAGUGGACCAGCUUGUAGCUCUACAAGCUUCCUUUAAACUCAGGAUAAAAGAAAAGAGGAAAGAGCUGGGAGAGAACUUUUCAGUUGUGAUGAUGGCCAAGUCCAAUCUGGCAGGUUUUAUCAAGUACAAACUAAGCAAAAGAUAAAUCAGCUGUUCAAAAGUGUUCUUACUCUUGUCCUGGAAUAUGCAACAUUUGUUUGUGAUUUUACUUUGGAAGUAAAGGAAAGAUCUUGUCAAAUCUGAUUUUAUUGGUAAUUAUUUUAAUCAUGUGUUUGAUAUGUAGGUAAGAGACCUAUAGGACAUUAAUUUAUAUAAUAAAAAGGUAGUUAUAAUACACUGUAUAUGUUGAGGGUGAUAAGGGAUACAUAUUGGGUUGUAUGAUACAGAAAUGAUAAGCAUGUUGCGACAUGAUAAUUGUGACUUGAGAUCUGAUUGAAUGUGUGUUGAAAUAUGGCUGAUAGCGUGGUUGGUGUGCUGAAACCUGAUAGGUAGUGAGGUAUUAGUGUACAAAGAUUGUUUUGUAUACAAUGUUCUAACAUGAAAUCUUGUUUGGCUAUAGAUGUGUGGUUGCCAACUUUUUUUUUUUAAUGCCCUUACUUAAUACAUUAGUUUAUUUGUUUCCUGGUCUUUCAUUGUCAACUUUAAUGUUUAGCUGUGUGUAGUUUGAAAUAAUAAUGUUGAAUAUUUGCCUGUAUGCUAUGUCAGUAAAAAUGGGCAUUUAUCAGUCAAUAAGAUUCUAGUGUAAAUAAAUUGAUUCAGAGGGUCUCUUUAAUAUUUGACUGGCACUUAAAAGUUUUCUGAAUUUCUGAGAGUUAAAAAGAUCAUCCAUUUCAUUAGUUCAGUGCCUUGAAAACAUUUUGACAAUAAGAUUUGUGUCAACUAUUUAGUGUUUGUUUUGACCUAAAUUAAAUAAUAAAAUGUACAAACCACAUGACUGAUAUUGAUUUAUGGAAUGGAUUUUUUAUUCGUUAUUCUUGGAGCAAUAACAUUUUUUUUUUCAGAAUAAAAAUGAAGAAGUGUUACUGAAACAUAUUUGUUUCAUAGUAUUAUUAGUUUUAUUAUUGUUUUUAAAUGAAUUCUACUUAGGUAAGAGGUGUAAUAACCUGUCAGAUUAUUUGAUAUUUAGGAAUUAAUGCUGGUGUACUUUUUAAAGAGAAAGUUUUUAGAUACAUUUAUUUCUUAAUUCUUUGUGAAGCUACACUAUAGAAACAUCUAAACCAAUUAAAUCAUAAAUGCUAUUUACAAGCAG